GGCCGCCGCCCCUCCAGCCGGCCAUCUUGGAGCCAAACCCUCCGCUGCCCAAGGACGAUGAGUGCUCCGGACGGACGGUCGAGCACUUGACCUUCGCCCUGUCCAGCUGCUGAGCCCCGCGCGCCGCCGCCCUUGAGGAUGAGCCCCGCAAGCCCGGCGCUGCAGCUGCUGCUGCUCUUCCCGCUGGUGCUGAACACGCUGGGCAUGGAGCUGAUGGCCCCAACCCCCGUCUAUGCUCUGAACGGCUCUUCCAUCCGCCUCAGCUGCACUUUCAAUUCCUGCUACCAGGUAGACAAAAAGCAGUUCUCCCUGAACUGGACCUACCAAACCUGCCAGAACUGCACCGAAGAGAUGUUCUUGCAGUUUAAGCUGAAAGUGGUUCCUGUGGAGCUGAAGCGUUUUGAGGAUCGUGUGGAGUUUACGGGAAACCCCAGCAAGAAUGAUGUGUCCUUCACCCUCCACAAGGUGCAGCUGGAGGAUACAGGGCUGUACAACUGCUACGUGAUGAACCCGCCUGACCGACACAAGGGCCACGGCCAGAUCAGCCUCCAGGUUCUCACAGAAGAGCCCCCAGAGCGGGACUCCACUGUGGCCGUGAUUGUGGGGGCCACUGUGGGGGGCUUCCUGGCUGUGGUGAUCCUGGCUUUGGUCAUUGUCAAGUGUGUCCGGCGCAAGAAGCAGCAGAGGCUCAACACGGAUGACCAGAAGACCGAAGAAGAGGGCAAGACAGAUGGGGAAGGGAACCCGGAGGAAGGCAUGAAGUAGAGGGGGGAGUCUCUCCUCCAGGCUGGCUCCCUGCUCCUCCUUGUCCCUGGCCUCUUCUCCCAUGGACUUUCUUUAAAGCAAAGAGCUCCACCCAAAAUUUCAGAAAGACUGGGGUGCUUUCUCUCUCCCUCUUCACUGCUGGGCUCUUGGGCCAGAGCACAGCAUGGGCUGGCUGCCGGUGGUGGGUUUUUAUUGGGGGGAGGGAGUUUGCUGAAACUGAAAGCUGCCUGGGGUGAGUCUCCAUUCCUGUCCCAGAUGGGCAGUUCCUCCAUUUGGACAGAGGAAGCCCUGUUUUGUGUCCCUGGCAAGAAGGCCACCGCCGCCACCCCCGCCCCUGCUGCCUUCAUGGCAAGUCUUGGGAAAGGGAAAGUUUUUUUCCUUUGCUCAUGGAAGGGGCCUGAGUGGAGGCAGAUGGCUUAGGAGCUGAUGAGGGCUCACAGCUCUGUGGCAGGGAGAGGAACUGUGUCCCAAGGCCAAGCAGGAUUUCCUCUCCAAAGCAGAAACUGCCAUUUCUCACUUUCCACCUUGAAUACCAAGCACAAUUCACCACUGCCAGGAGAAUUCACUGCCAGGGGUCAGCAGCCGUCUCUCUUGCAGGCCAGCACUGCACCCCACCCCCAUCUUACAAACCCACCGCUGGACUGUUUGGAAGGAAUGCUGUUGACCCUCACACCCCUCUCAUGAAAAAACCUGAAGGUUUUCUGCCUGGCAUAAGCAGGAGGUAUGUGCAUGUUGAGGGGAGCAGGGGAAGGAAGGAAGGAAGGAAGGAAGGAAGGAAGGAAGGAAGGAAGGAAGGUUGUCUAUUUGGGGCUUAGUGGAAGAGUUUCCACCCAGACCCACUGCAACCAACUGGUCUUUGCUUUCUCUGCUCACACAUCUUGCCUGCUAGUUAAAACCCCAAUGCAAGAAGGGCCCUGGAGGCCUCCAUUCCCCACCCCACCAGCCAUGACCCCUCCUGGGAUUCUCCACUCAGCAGUCCCUGAACUGGCCCUUACUUCUGGGCAUGAGGCUCCUUUCCUAGGAUGUUCCGGGGGGGGGGGUGAGAGCAAGUGAUUCCCCGGGUGGCUUGUGACUGUGCUGAUCUGUCUUUAGCUCUGCUGCUUCUCCUUGGAAUUGCACUUUGCUGCCUGCUGAUUGCAACCCCUCCCCCUUCUGUCAUGUUCCCAACACCUGCCCUCAGCUGAGAUGGGUUAUGCAACCUUUCUGUCCUUAUUUUGCAAAAUCUGCAAUUCAGAUUCAUCAGCCUCAGCCUGAAAAGUUUUCAUCGCUCUUCUUGUAACUGCAGAAUUGAGUUGGCCUCCAUUUGCACGGACAGUGAUUUACUGUGCUGCGCUGGAAAUCAAUGUUUCUUGUCCUGGGUCUGCUCAGGAAGUCCAACAGUCAGAUGAAAUAAAGCAGAGCUUGCCUCUCAA